AUGGGCUCAAAUGCCUUCGCGUUCAAGACAUGGGCCAUCACCGAGAAUGUCAUCACCACGUCCACGCCCGAGACAUUCAACGACACUAGAAUCGGCAUCGACGCCGAGGACUACCUACACUCGCUACUAAUCACCGGCAAUCGUGAGCCUCUCCUGCCAGCUCUCGGAGGUAAGCCAUUCUGCCUUCUGCGCCGCGUGGAUGAGGGUAUCGAGGGCUUCAAGGCGGCUGGCAUUGACCCAGUGUUCGUCUUUAACGGGCUGGAUCUGGCAUGUCGGGACAGGGCAAGCAUUCUCAGGGAGAGCAGGAAAGCGUCCAUGUCACUGGACGAGGCGUGGCAGAUUUACGACCAGGGGCGGGGUGAGGAUGCCGUGCUUCAAUUCGGCAAAGCUUGUACGUACAGGAGCUACCACAUCGUCAGAAGCCUGCAGUUCCACCUGCACAGCAAAGGCGUCGAUAUCAUGACAGCACCUUAUGCUGCAGCUGCGCAACUGGCCUACAUGCUGAAAACAGAACAAAUCGACGCCGUGCAAGGUUCUGCUUCAUGCCUUUUGUUCGGGACUGGAAAGGUCAUCUUCAGCUUCGAGUGGGAGAAAGAUUCGGUGGUCUGGCUGGAUGUCCGCAAAUGCCUCGCUAAGCUUGAGGUCGACUUCGAACAAUUCACCAACAUCUGUCUGAUCUCCGGAUGCGGCAUCCUGUCUCUUCUGCCGGACCUCGAUAUCGAUAAUGCUGCCACGAAGAUCAUCGCGGCUCGGGUCUUGCUGCAGAACAUGAACUUUGAUGUCGACCGUCUGUUGCGAUCGAAGAAUGGCGACUAUCACAAGCUCUUCUGGCAGGCUCGUUUUGCUCUAAGGUACCCAGUGGUCGUCAAAGAGGAGGGCGAGGUCGAGCCACUCAACUGGAGAGAGGGCCCGAGCGAUGCUCACGAGUUCAUCGGACAGCGUCUGCCGGAUGAGCUGUACUUUUACCUCAGCCGAGGAGUGGCUGGUCCCAGGGUGCUGAAUUGGCGCACACGGAUGGAAAUCCUUGAGACUCCGCCUCUCGAUGGAGGCGACUCCACACCCUACAAAGACCUUGUCCAGACGAAGCUCAAGCCUCUCAGGGCACAGGCAGUCGCGCUUAUGGGACAGUCGCUUAAUCGGUACUACCAGAAGCAGGACGUCAAACUUCUAUGCUGGUGGCACGAGCUGUCGACGACACCUCUGGGAACCACGGACAUAGCCAAUCCCGGGCAAGCCGCACAGAGCUGGCAUGUCAACAGUGCGCUUCUGUCGCAACUCAGCGGCGGUAGCUCCACACCAUCCAUGCUGUCGUACGCAAUCAAUACUUUGGCGGACCCGUCAGAGGCCAAGAAGACCGUCACGCCUAGGGUUAAUGGGACCACCCAGCUCCACGACGUGGCUGAUCUGCGCGCGAACGUUGUCUGGCGAUUCCUGAAUGACAGAGGCUACCUUAACUCGGAUCACACACUGUCUGCAUGGGGCAAAGCGCUGAAAGCUGCGUUCUCCCACGAAGUCAGUACCCGCAGCGCCGCGUCCCCUGAAGCUACCACCGAACUCGAGGAGGCCAUUUUCAUGGCAUUUGAGCUUCUACGCUUGGGACUCCUCGACAGAAGAGUCAUGUUUCCAGUACCACCAUUCUCUGGAGGACCGAUCAGAGGCUCCGACCAAGACAAGGCUCAGAUCCAGCUCGUCAGUCGGGUCGCCUGUCUAGGAUUUCUGCGUCACAAGUCGAUCGGCUACACUGGGCCACUCUCGCGUAAUUUGCUUGCGUAUCACCAGUGUACUGCGGCCACCCGCGGAGCCCUCCGAGAUCUGCUCGAGAUGCAUGCCUGCAACAUGUUGCUCUCUGGUGUCGUCGACCGAAAUCUCGACAACAAUGUCUACACCGACGUCGCUGCAAGCCUCCCAUUGGUCGAUGAACCGGACAUCGGCCUUGCUCUGAUUGUCAAGUGCUACCUCGACGAGCUGUGCCAACCAUUCGAGAAGCGUGUGGCUAUCUCUGGUUGGUUCCCGCAUGCUGAAGAUAUUCAAGGUGACCUGCAGAAAGCUUGGAACUUGUGGGGUGCGAUCAACGCUGGCGUUCAGGCUGCUGAAUUCAACAUCGUCAACAACGAAACGAAGAAGACGUUCCAGGCCGCCGACACCUGGCUCAAGGAGAAGCUCGAGCAAGCCAAUGGCCCUAAUGGCACCACCAACGGUGUCACGAACGGUACCACCAACGGCACUGCGUAG